AUGGGCAGUGUUGAGAGGAGGAGGGAAGGAGGCUGGGUGGGGCCGAGCAAGGACGAUGCUCCCCACUGUGUCCGUGCAGGUUUGCCCCUGAGGCUGGUGAAUGGCAGAGACCGGUGUGAGGGCCGCGUGGAGGUCCUGUACCAGGGCGACUGGGGCACCGUGUGUGACGACAGCUGGGACACACAGGACGCGGACGUCGUCUGCCGGCAGCUGGGCUGUGGCUACUCCUUGUCAGCCCCUGGGCGGGCCCACUUCGGUCAGGGCUCCGGGCACAUCCUCUUGGGCGAUGUGUACUGCUUGGGGUGGGAGUCCCACCUAUCCAGCUGCCCCCACAGGGGCUGGUACAACCACGAGUGCAGACACGAGGAAGACGCCGGAGUCGUGUGCUCAGGUAGUGCGCCCAUCGCCUUGCCUCCUCCAGAUACAUGGCCAACUUCAUCCACAACAGCACAAACAAGUAUAACAGACUCGAGUUUGGCCCUGAGGCUGGUGAAUGGAGGUGACCGCUGUCAGGGCCGGGUGGAGGUCCUCUACCGAGGCUCCUGGGGCACCGUGUGUGAUGACGAAUGGGACACCAAUGAUGCCAAUGUGGUGUGCAGACAGCUUGGCUGUGGCUGGGCCAGGUCUGCUCCAGGAGGUGCCCGGUUUGGUCAGGGCUCAGGGCCCAUCCUCCUGGAUGACGUGCGCUGCUCAGGGCACGAGUCCUACCUGUGGAACUGCCCACACAGAGGCUGGUACUCGCACAACUGUGGACAUGGGGAGGACGCCGGUGUCAUCUGCUCAGGGUUCUGGACAGACUCGAGUUUGGCCCUGAGGCUGGUGAAUGGAGGUGACCGCUGUCAGGGCCGGGUGGAGGUCCUCUACCGAGGCUCCUGGGGCACCGUGUGUGAUGACGAAUGGGACACCAAUGAUGCCAAUGUGGUGUGCAGACAGCUUGGCUGUGGCUGGGCCAGGUCUGCUCCAGGAGGUGCCCGGUUUGGUCAAGGCUCAGGGCCCAUCCUCCUGGAUGACGUGCAGUGCUCAGGGCACGAGUCCUACCUGUGGAACUGCCCACACAGAGGCUGGUACUCGCACAACUGUGGACAUGGGGAGGACGCCGGUGUCAUCUGCUCAGGGCCGGGCUGUGCCUCGGGCUGGUAA